AUGCUCGCCGCCAGCAUUCGAGCGCGCGCAUUGCCUUUGUGCGCAACCCUUGGCACUCCUCGACGAACCUCGGACUUCUUGCACCCACACAUCCUCUCACGCUCUAAGGCUUUACUGAACUCAAGUCUUGCACACCAUCACAGCACAUUUCGACUUUAUACGACAUCCAGCCCACCUUCACGAAAUGCCAGCGCAUCAGCACCACGCAGCACUCCUCAGCGUCAACCCCUCCUUUCUCGUUUCCUGCCUACAUUAUUCACCUCUUCUUCAUUGAAGGAUAAUCCAUCUACAUCGUCAUUCAAGAAGAUAGUCUCUCUCGCACGCCCAGAGCGCCGCCCACUGCUUAUUGCUGUUGGGCUGCUUCUCGUGUCCUCAUCUGUAUCGCUUAGCAUCCCAUUCACGGUUGGAAAGCUUAUUGAUUUCUUCACAUCAUCAAACCCGGCUAUUCCAUUCGGUCUCACACUGACUCAGGCAUCCGCGCUGCUGCUUCUUACAUUCACUAUUGGCGGAGCGGCUAACGCGGGUCGCGCGUUUCUUAUGCGCAUGUCAGGGCAGCGCAUUGUUGCACGCCUCCGACAGCGCACAUACGCUGCGUCUCUCAGACAAGAAAUCGAAUACGUCGAGCGGGGUGAAGGCGACGUGCUCAGUCGACUGACUGUUGACAGCAGCGUCGUAGGGGAGAGUGUCACACAAAAUCUCUCGGAUGGUCUCCGUGCUGUUGUGAUGUCUUUUGCUGGUUUGGGGGCGAUGUUUUACCUGUCUCCUACACUUACCCUAUUGAUGCUUGGCGUGGUGCCUCCCAUCUCUCUUGGGGCGGUAUUCUAUGGAAGAUAUCUGAAGAGGCUUUCAAACCGGACCCAGGAAGCGCUUGGUGAGAUGACUAAGGUCGCUCAGGAGUCCUUGUCGGCUCUACGAACCGUGCAGUCCUUCAAUGCGGCACCUUAUGAAGAGAAAAAGUUUUCGGCGCGCGUCGACCGUGUAUUAACGCUUGCAAGACGUGAAGCCAUCGCUAGCGGCAUAUUCUUCGGAAGCACUGGUUGGAGUGGAAACGUCGUCUUGCUGGCGUUGCUGGGAUACGGAGGUUCGCUUGUGAGCCAGGGCGCGAUUUCCGUCGGCGAGCUGACCAGUCUGUUGAUGUACACGGUCUACGUUGGUAGUGGCCUCCAAAUGUUGACAACUUUCUUCUCGUCUAUCAUGCGCGGAAUAGGCGCUGGAACACGUAUAUUCGAGCUCCUUGACAGAAAGCCCGCUAUCCCACCCGAAUCUGGGUCUGUGCUCGAUGUGGGACGCCGGGGUACCGUACGCUUCGAACAUAUCGCCUUCGAAUACCCGAGCCGUCCUGGAGCCCAGAUCCUCCGCGACUUCAGUUUGGAACUCGGUGUGGGCGAAAGCGUUGCUAUCGUCGGCAAGAGUGGAAGCGGCAAAUCCUCUGUUCAUUCUCUGCUACUGCGGUAUUAUGAUCCUAUCAAGGGCAAAAUUACGUUUGACGGGCAAGACGUAAGGGAGUUCACAUCCAAGUCCUGGCGUAGUAUAAUCGGCGUUGUUCCUCAGGAUCCCGUUUUGUUCACUGGCACCAUCGCGUCUAAUAUUGCCUACGGGAACGAGGAAGCUACACGGGAACAAAUCGAGGCCGCCGCACGCGAAGCGAACUGCGAGUUCGUAUGGGGCCUCCCACGAGGAUUUGACACUGAGAUUGGGCGCCUGAGCCUUAGUGGUGGCCAACGCCAACGGCUAGCCAUCGCACGUGCUCUGCUCAAGAAACCGGCAAUUUUGGCGCUGGAUGAGGCAACGAGCUCUCUGGAUGCAGCAUCCGAGCGGAGGGUCAAUGAUGCUGUUGAUAGGAUCUUGCAGUCACGCAAUACGACUUGUCUAUUCGUUGCUCACAGACUGUCCACGAUCGCACGGGCCGAGCGCAUAGUAGUUCUUGAGGAUGGUCAUAUAACGGAGACCGGCACGUACAGGCAGCUGGUCCAGCGCGAAGGCUCCCGGUUCCGCGAGCUCAUGGCUGCUCAGCUGAACGCGACGGAACCAGGCAUAGAGGUUACCCUCCCUAAUGGCGAGUCCGAAGUCGAAGCGCCGGACGUUGUAGCAGACAAGAGCUUGGACGAACCGAAAGCGCAAGCACAUGUAUGAUGGCCUUCUCGGACGCCGUGGGCCAGCGUAUCAGACACAAGGAGCCACUCAGGAGCCUCGUUGAUGGCCCUGUCUCAGCGGAUCCUGUCCCGUCCCUUGGUCGCUGAUCGCUGAUAUUGCCGCUAGUUGCGUUUCAUGGGCUCGGAUGCCAUCGGAGGCCAUGUGCUGCAGAGAUAAUUCUCUCUGUUGUACAGACAGGAGGGCCAUAGAGUUGUACAUGAGGUAUCUAUCGAUGUAUUUUCAAUCGAAUUCCUGCUCGCACCAUA